ACUCAUAUAUCGCCUUUGCUUCGACUUCCCCCUCCAUCGAAACAACAGCAUAUGUGUCUGUGUUUGUGUGGAAUUCCCAGUCCUCGAUAUAUCCGUCUGGUGCUCGAGCAGUAUGCCGCAGUAGCACGAAACGUUCGCUUCGAGAACCAGUGCAUUUUUCGUUUAUUUCGCUUUUCAUCAUCAUAAUAAUCUCCCUCUUAAUUUCGUGCAGUGAACUCCCAUCAGCAUACACGGAUAUAUAUAUAUAUAUAUACACCCUCGCAUCGCACGUAAACUCGCAAGAGUUGCGCAGAGAGAGAGAGAGAGAGAGAGAGAGAGAGAGAGAGAGAGAGAGAGAGAGAAGAGCAAAACGCGAAGCAGCAGAGAGCGUUAUCAGGACGAGGAAGACACACGCGACUCUUUCUGAAGUAGCUGCAGCGAUAUAUAGACGAGCAAAACUCCUGCUCCCCAACUCCGACCCUUUACUCUCCCCGUUCCCAGCAGCGGAGGACAACGAUCAUCAUUGCCAGCAGGCCUGUUGAGACGUAGCAGCCAGUGGAUCGCAGGGGGCGAUCCAUCUGUUCUCGAGCGAGCAUCCACGAGGGCCACGUCGGGUUUUCACGCUAGCAAGCGGCCGUCCAGCAGGGCGCUACCAUUUUAUAUGACUUUUCUCCGACAACGAGAAACAUCCAGGAUAUCAUCCCGCGGGAAAGGACCGGUGUACAACACAGGAGGCGGCGGCGGCAGUUCAUCGUCACCGUUUCAGCGCAACACUCUUAGCAGCAGCAGCAGCGAUUCUCUCGUGAACAGCGCCAACACCAGCAGCACCAUCGAUCUCCUCAUCCCAUCGGCGAGCAAUCGCUUGAGCGCCGACGAAGAAGUCACAGCGUGCGUGAAUUCGUGGGACUGUCGUUGUUGCUGCGAACAGCUGCGCACUUGCCGUAGCCAGCAGUUCAUCACCUCGAGUUGCAAAAGACAGGCAGCGUGUAUGAUCAUUGAGGACCGAGGACCUCUGUCGUCGUCGAGCAGACGCGCCAACCAGAGCCGUCGUCUUAUUCUUCGUCGGCAAGACAGCUGCCAGCGAUUCCUCGAUCAGCUGCUCCUGCUCAAGCACAGGACCGCAAAAUUUUCCAGUAAUAGGCAUCGGAAGCUUCAGCCGUUCAGGGAAACGUGACUGGUGUACAUCUCGAGCGCGGCGCGGCUUUGCGCAAUAAACGAAUACCACCCUGACGCGAUACGCGACCCGCUACCUCUCGCUGCAGGUAGCCCUCGCCGGGCGAACUCGCUGCGCGACGUUCUUCAAGCUGUCGCUGACCAGCGACCCCGAUCCACGAUCCAGGCGCACGAGGACCAAGACCCUGCCUACCUGAGAUAUUACAUUACGGCGAGGCGCGACGUAGUAUCAAAACUCGAAGGACUGAAGCUUUAACGUUGAUUAGUAAUACGGUGCUGUUUGUAAGUAAAAGAAAGAAUCGUCAAGCGAAGAUAUCCCCGCAGAAAGGAAAGAAAAUCCGUCUGCGCUAACAUUAGCAAGGCUGACGUCGUCCCAGGGAUCGGCGUCAUCUCUUCACCCCGUGAAUCCAUUCCCAUCGUCAUCACGUCCUCUCCAAUCAACUCACCCUUGAACCGAAAAAUUCUUUUCCUCUCUCUUACCUAAAAGUUAAGAGCAUCGACGAUAAAGAUGGGUAGCGUUAACGUAAAUCGUGGCGUCAGCGAUGCCUUCUAUCGCUACAAAAUGCCGCGCAUUCAGGCGAAGGUCGAGGGCAAAGGCAACGGCAUUAAGACUGUCAUCGUCAAUAUGGUUGAAGUCGCCAAGGCUAUCGGCCGCCCAGCUACGUAUCCGACCAAGUUCUUUGGAUGCGAGCUGGGUGCUCAGACCCAGUUUGACUUCAAAAAUGAGCGUUUUAUCGUCAACGGCAGUCACGACGCCUCCAAACUGCAGGAUUUGCUCGACGGCUUCAUCAGGAAGUACGUGCUCUGCCCCAAUUGCGACAACCCCGAGACCGAGUUGCUGGUUAACGCGAAGAAGGGUACUAUCGCGCAGGGUUGCAAGGCUUGCGGUCAUCACGGCAUGCUAGAGAGCAAUCACAAGCUGAACACCUAUAUCCUGAAAAAUCCACCGAGCCUUGAUCCUGCUGCUCAGGGUAGCUCUCUCACUGAGGGAAAGCGCGGAAAAAGAUCCAAGAAACCCAACGGUGAUGCUAACGGCGAUCGCUCAGGCUCGCCUGAAAAUGAUAACACUAGCACCACCGAUAUCGUUGUCGAGGCGCCCGCGAAAUUCGCGAGCGAUAAGGACGACGAUGACGACGGCAACUGGGCUGUAGAUACGACUGAGGAAGCUGUGCGUGCACGUCUUCAAGAUCUAACCGAUGGCGCCAAAGGCAUGACUAUCAGCGAGGACCUCGAUAAAACCGAGAAAGAGCGCAUGGAUAUUUUCUACAAGCUGGUCAAGUGCCGUCGCGAUGCUGGCCAACUCGACAAUCAUAAGGAGCUGCUAGCCGAGGCUGAACGUCUCGAAAUCAAGACCAAGGCUCCCCUUAUUUUGGCCGAGUUGCUCUUCGAUCAGCACAUUGCUGCCCAAGUUAAGAAGUAUCGACCGCUGCUGUUGCGUUUCACCCACGAGGACGUUAAGGCCCAGAAGUAUCUCAUUCGGGGUAUUGAGCAGAUCAUCGCGCUGCACAAGGACGUGCUGAUGUCGAAGGUGCCUGGAAUUUUGAAACUUUUCUAUGACUAUGAUAUCUUGGAAGAGAAGGCUCUAUUUGAAUGGGCUAGCAAGGUUAGCAAGAAAUACGUCUCUAAGGAUCUUGCUCAAGAAAUUCAUGAUAAAGCUGCACCAUUUCUAACAUGGCUCAAGGAGGCUGAAGAAGAAGAAUCCGAAUCUGAUGAGGAAGACGAUGAUCUGGAGAUUGAGUAUGAUGACAGAGCGAAACAACCUUUGAAAGAGCAGCAACAACAGCAGAAGCAGCAGACGCAGAAACCAGUGGUUGAUGACGAUUCUGAGGAAGGAGACGAUGUUGACAUUGAUGCCAUUUAAAAUCAAAAAGAAGCUGAAUCGCCAAAGCCAAAAGACGCGAAAAGCGAAGAAUAAUAAUAAAGAGAUAGUAAACGCGUCAAUGACUUGAUAGAAUUUUCUUCCUCAUUGAAAAUAAAAGAUACAAAGCAAAAAAGGCCGAGCGAGAAUCAGUAUAAGCAUUAUAGAAAAGCCGCUGCUUUUACAUAGUUGAACAUUUUAUCGAUCUUAUUUCGCUCUUAUAGGAGAUAGUUCUUCUUUAUUUUCUCUGUUUCACCUCCCCCAAUGAUUUGUUUCUCCCUAUUGACUUUUCUUAUGUGAUUUGAUAUUUUAAUUGCGUUUUUAUUACUUUUUCUAAAAGGUUGCGUGAUUUGCGCACGCAUGACCACUGUAUGUUUGUUAUAAUUAUAAUUGUCCGUAAUGAUUGUUAAACAAUUAUUCUCGCGCCCCGCCUUCGAUAUUCUCGACUUCACGCGCAUUAUUCAUGUUUUUCACACGCGAGAUUUUUGUUAUAGCGUUUUUUUCGGUCAUCGAUAGCAACAGAGAGAGAGAGAGAGGGAGCUGGCCUGCUAUAAGCGAUCUCUAUUGUAUCUACGAUUCUGAUAUUAUUCAAAUAAAUAUGGUUUAUCACAAUGAG